ACAACACAAACCUCCUCGUAUUCUCUCUGAAACACAAAAAACACAGUCCCAACCAGACACUGUUCUCCCUUUGUUUCUUUCUCUUACGUUCUGUUGUGUUCGGCGGAGCUUUAUGGGGGCAACUAUUCUCCCAGAUCUCGGGGCGGAGAUUCUGAUUCCGUUCUGCGCGGUGGUCGGAAUCGUGUUCUCGCUGCUCCAGUGGGUGUACGUGUCACGCGUCCAGCUCUCGCCGGCGAGGGACUCCAACUCUAACUCCGCCGCAAAAAAUGGUUACAACGAUUACCUGAUUGAGGAGGAAGAGGGUGUUAACGACACCAACGUUGUUCAGAAGUGCGCCGAAAUCCAGAACGCCAUCUCUGAAGGAGCAACAUCAUUCCUUUACACGGAAUAUAAGUAUGUUGGUGCUUUUAUGGUGGCUUUUGCAGUCUUGAUAUUUGUUUUCCUUGGCUCCGUGGAGGGAUUUAGCACUAGUAGCCAUACAUGUGCUUAUGAUGAAACAAAGAUAUGCAAACCUGCUCUUGCAACUGCCAUAUUCAGUACCAUUUCCUUUUUGCUUGGUGCUAUAACUUCAGUGGUUUCUGGAUUCCUUGGUAUGAAGAUUGCCACGUAUGCAAAUGCCAGAACUACUUUGGAGGCAAGAAAAGGUGUUGGGAAGGCUUUUAUAGUAGCAUUUAGAUCAGGUGCUGUCAUGGGAUUUCUCCUUGCUGCAAAUGGUUUAUUAGUUUUAUACAUUGUGAUCCUCGUCUUCAAGAUGUACUAUGGUGAGGAUUGGGGUGGUCUUUUUGAGUCCAUAACUGGGUAUGGUCUUGGUGGAUCUUCCAUGGCUCUUUUUGGCAGAGUUGGUGGAGGCAUCUAUACCAAAGCUGCUGAUGUUGGUGCUGAUCUUGUUGGCAAAGUUGAAAGGAAUAUUCCUGAGGAUGACCCAAGGAACCCAGCUGUGAUUGCUGAUAAUGUUGGUGACAAUGUUGGGGAUAUUGCUGGAAUGGGAUCUGAUCUGUUUGGAUCCUAUGCUGAGUCAUCAUGUGCUGCUCUUGUUGUUGCUUCAAUUUCCUCGUUUGGGAUCAAUCAUGAAUUAACUGCAAUGUUAUAUCCUCUCAUUGUCAGUUCCAUUGGUAUCAUUGUUUGUCUGAUCACCACCCUUUUCGCAACUGAUUUCUUUGAGAUCAAGGCUGUAAAGGAAAUUGAGCCAGCAUUGAAGAAGCAACUCAUUAUUUCCACAGUACUGAUGACUAUUGGAGUUGCAAUUGUUACAUGGAUUUCUGUUCCUUCUUCCUUCACCAUCUUCAAUUUUGGAACACAGAAAGUUGUUAAGAACUGGCAGCUGUUCUUAUGUGUGUGUGUUGGGUUGUGGGCUGGGCUUAUCAUCGGAUUUGUGACAGAGUAUUAUACCAGUAAUGCAUACAGCCCUGUGCAAGAUGUUGCUGAUUCGUGCCGGACAGGAGCUGCUACUAAUAUCAUUUUUGGCCUGGCAUUGGGAUACAAAUCUGUCAUUAUUCCUAUUUUUGCCAUUGCUGUUAGUAUUUUUGUUAGUUUUAGCUUUGCCGCUAUGUAUGGCAUUGCUGUAGCCGCCCUUGGAAUGCUGAGCACCAUAGCAACUGGAUUGGCCAUUGAUGCAUAUGGUCCGAUCAGUGACAAUGCUGGUGGCAUUGCUGAGAUGGCAGGCAUGAGCCACAGAAUCAGAGAGAGAACUGAUGCUCUUGAUGCUGCAGGAAACACCACGGCUGCUAUUGGAAAGGGUUUUGCAAUUGGCUCAGCUGCUCUUGUGUCCCUUGCUCUCUUUGGUGCCUUUGUGAGCCGUGCUGGAAUUGCAACAGUUGAUGUGUUGACUCCAAAAGUGUUCAUUGGUUUGAUAGUGGGUGCAAUGCUUCCCUAUUGGUUCUCUGCCAUGACAAUGAAGAGUGUGGGAAGUGCUGCUCUAAAGAUGGUUGAAGAAGUACGCAGGCAAUUCAACACCAUCCCUGGCCUUAUGGAGGGUACUGCUAAACCUGACUAUGCUACUUGUGUCAAGAUCUCGACUGAUGCUUCCAUCAAGGAAAUGAUCCCUCCUGGUGCCCUUGUCAUGCUAACACCCCUCAUUGUCGGAAUCUUUUUUGGUGUGGAGACUCUCUCUGGUGUCCUUGCUGGAUCCCUCGUCUCUGGUGUACAGAUCGCCAUCUCUGCAUCCAACACCGGUGGCGCUUGGGACAAUGCCAAGAAGUAUAUUGAGGCCGGGGCUUCAGAACAUGCAAGGACUCUUGGUCCCAAGGGAUCAGAUCCACACAAAGCAGCUGUCAUUGGUGACACCGUCGGAGACCCUCUCAAGGACACAUCCGGCCCAUCUCUCAACAUCCUCAUCAAGCUGAUGGCUGUCGAGUCCCUAGUGUUUGCACCUUUCUUCGCCACACAUGGCGGUCUCCUUUUCAAGCUUAGUCUGAACCUUCAGGUCUCUCUUCUUCUAUUUACAGGUCUCUCUUCUUCUUCUACCUUCAGGUCUCUCUUCUUCUUCUUCUCCAAAAUGCUAUCCCUCUCACCUCUCCACCCAUUGCCUCCAAAACUCAUCCUCACUCGCUCUCCCUUCUUCAACCCCCAAAGCCCCAACCUUUACCCCCAAAGCUCCAACCUUUCCCCCAAAAUCCCUAACCUAUCCCCAAAACGACGCCGUUCCCUCAAAAUCAAAUCCCUAGACGCCGCCCAAUUAUUCGACUACGAAACCAAGCUCGCCGUCCAGUACCACUCCUCCCAAACCCUCAAGAUCGCCAUCAUCGGCUUCGGCAACUUCGGCCAAUUCCUCGCCAAAACCCUAACCCGCCAAGGCCACACCGUCCUCGCCUAUUCCCGCUCCGACCACUCCAAAACGGCAGCCGCCCUCGGCGUUUCCUUCUUCUCCGACCCCCACGACCUCUGCGAGCAGCACCCCCACGUCAUCCUCCUCUGCACCUCCAUCAUCUCCGCCGAGGAAGUCCUCAACUCCCUCCCCCUCCAGCGCCUCCGCCGCAACACUCUCUUCGCCGACGUCCUCUCCGUCAAGGAGUUCUCCAAAGCUCUGUUCCUGAAAUCUCUUCCGAGCUAUUUCGAUGUGAUCUGCACGCACCCGAUGUUCGGGCCGGAGAGCGCGAAGAACGGCUGGAAUGGGCUGUGCUUUGUUUAUGAGAAAGUGAGGAUUGGAUCGGAGGUGUCUAGAGUUUCGAGGUGUGACAAGUUCUUGAGCAUUUUCGAGAGGGAAGGGUGUGAAAUGGUGGAAAUGAGCUGUGCCGAGCAUGAUAAGUUCGCGGCGGAGUCGCAGUUUAUUACACACACUGUUGGGAGGGUGCUUCAGAUGUUGGGGUUGGAGUCGACGCCGAUUAAUACUAGAGGCUAUGAGACAUUGUUGGAUUUGGUGGAGAAUACGGCUGGGGAUAGCUUUGAUUUGUACUAUGGGUUGUUUAUGUAUAAUAAGAAUGCGCUGGAGAUGCUGGAGAGGUUGGACUUGGCUUUCGAGGAUUUGAAGAAGCAGCUUUUCGGGAGGUUGCAUGAUGUUGUGAGGAACCAGUUGUUUGGGAAUGCUGAAAAGGUGAGAACGUUGCAGGAGGAGUGUGUGAACCAGAAUGGAGCUGCAUUGGUGCGUUCUUCGAAAGCUGUGAGAUCCUCUAAAGCACAUAUUUUGGAUAGCUCCGAAGAUCAUUCAAGGCUUAAGAUUGGAAUUGUUGGUUUUGGCAACUUUGGUCAGUUCCUUGCUAAAACCAUUGUACGCCAAGGCCACAAGGUUCUUGCCUAUUCUCGCUCAGACUACUCUGAUGUUGCUGAACAGUUGGGUGUUUCUUACUUCUCGGACGCAGAUGAUUUUUGCGAGGAGCAUCCAGAAGUAAUACUCCUUUGCACAUCGAUUCUUUCCACUGGGAAAGUUUUGAUGUCACUCCCGCUUCAGAGGUUGAAGCGGAGUACUUUGUUUGUUGAUGUUCUAUCCGUGAAAGAAUUCCCAAAAAACCUGUUUCUUCAAAAUUUGCCUCUAGAUUUUGAUAUUCUCUGCACUCAUCCUAUGUUUGGACCAGAAAGUGGUAAAAAUGGCUGGAAUGGUCUUGCUUUUGUUUAUGAUAGGAUCAGAAUUGGAAAUGACGAAUCAAGGGUGUCAAGGUGUGAUCAAUUUCUUGAUAUUUUUGCGCAAGAAGGGUGUCGAAUGGUGGAUAUGUCUUGCGAUGAGCAUGAUAAGCAUGCAGCAGGGUCACAAUUCAUCACACACACUAUGGGAAGAGUUUUGGAAAAGUUGGGUUUGGAGUCGACGCCGGUCAAUACAAAAGGUUACAAGACUUUGUUGAAUUUGGUGGAGAAUACAGCAGGAGAUAGCUUUGAUCUCUACUAUGGAUUGUUCAUGUACAAUGUAAAUGCAAUGGAGCAGCUAAAGAGGCUUGACCUUGCAUUUGAAGCAUUAAAGAAACAGCUUUUUGGGCGGUUGCAUGGUGUUCUUCGGAAGCAACUUUUUGAGAAUGCGGAUGAUUCUCAAGUUAUGAGGGAGCAGCAUUUGUUGCCAACACCAUUGGAGAAUGAAUCUGCAGCGACACCUUCUUUCGAGGCUCUUAACAGUCAGAACAACUAAAACCAUCUUUGCACCUUAUUUGUUCCAGUUGGAGGAGCUUUCUGAUCACUGCACCUGAAGGGAAUCAACCAGUGAAGACAUUGUUGCCAGUCUGCAAUUGAGCUGCUUGAAGUUGGUUCCACAAUAAGCUUCAUCUGAUGUGAAUUCUGGAGCACGUUGUGGUUGAAGUUGUUUUAGACAUUGAUAAAGGAAUAGAUUGUGGGAUUGGUUGUUCUUGAGCAAUAGUGGACAACGGAGUUAUUUAAGUCUUUAAGACGAAUGCACUACAUGAAGAAGCACUUGAUCAACAGGCACGAUGGAUCAGUAAGAAGACAUUGCCAUUAUCCAGAGUCGUGAUGUGUUUAAUCUGUUGGAGGUUUUUGGCUUUCCCUCCAUCUUUCGUACUGACUAUGUGGUGAUGUUGUGUCUUUAUUAGAGUAGCAGACGUGGGGCUCCAUUUUGGUGUCAAGGGAAGCUCCCCGUAUGUAUUGUUUCCCGGUUUUUGUUUACAUCAAUAUGAAUGAAAAUUUUCCCGACAACAA